ACUGCCGCUCGGUACUACAGUCAAUGGGCAUCGGUUUCCUGGGGAAUUUUGAUGACGGCGCAACCCGUGUGCGUCGAGAUAUCAGUCCGUGUCCAUGGUUGAACUAGUUUUGUUGACAAAAUGGAUGAAUUUAAAGCCUGUAACCUGGACUACUUUCCAGAAAACAUUUUAAUUGACGUGUUGUCGUAUUUGAGCGUACGAGAGCUCGUUAGAGCUGGAAGGGUUUGUAAGAGAUGGAAACGGCUCGUGAAAGAUCAAAAGCUGUGGAGGUUUGUCGAUCUGACUGCAUGGAAAGGGGUGACGUCCCGCAUACUUUGGCUCCUGCUGCGUCAGUACCUGGGUUGUGGACUAAGGUGCCUACGGUUGCGUGGUUUGCUGCUUUCUGCCAGAGGUGGCACCUUUCUCUCCGAGUCUUGGCUCAAAGCUUUGUCCACAAAAUGCCCUCGCCUGAGUAAACUCUAUCUUUUGCACGCAGACUUGCGAAGCCUUCCCAGUUGCCAGCUCCUACCCACGUCUUUGCAGGUGCUGGAGCUGCGUGGCUGUGAGCUUCCUCGGGAAUUUUUCAACCAGACUCCCACUUCACCUGCCCGUUCCCAAGAAAGAGCAGAAGCCACAUCCAGUGUUGGUGCUCAAACGCAAGGAAGGCAUCGAAAAGGGCAUGGCUCUCCAUCAGGGAUUGGUAUAGGGAGGCUAGUCCUUAACAAUGUGCCCUCUUUCACGGACCAGCAUCUGCAGAGUCUGACAUCAUGGGAGAGGCUCAGUCGAUUAGAGCUGCGCGACACAUUUCGUGUUACUGCUAAUGGGCUCAGGAACUGUGCUGCCAAGGAAGGCGCUUGUGGGCUGGAAGGCCUUUCCAGACUCAAGUUUCUGGAAAUAGGCAUCACUGGACGGCAAGGUUACCAGUUACAGAUGGCCUCCCUUGGGCUCGGUGCAGGAUGGCUCGGACUGGAGGAACUGAGUCUGGGGGGUAAAGAGGUGGGACCAGGGUUGCUCUGUGCCAGCCGCCUGAAGGAUCUGAAGGGUCUGUGCCUGUGGGCCUGCACGCUCAGCGAGAUGCAGAUAGUUCGUAGCUGCAGAAUGCUCCGUGGGCUCAGUCGGAUGGAGUUUUUGGAUGUGACCUUCCAGCCUAGGCAGUGUCCACCAGCUGUGGAGGGGGAGGGUGGUGGUAGUGGAGAAGAGCAGGACAAUGAGGAAGCUGCAGGUGUAGAAAACAGCAAUGAUGAGAACACACUAGACAUGAACGAUCCCAUUCCAAGUUUGCGUCGCUCUCUGGCUGUCCUGCUGCCAUCUUGCAUACUAGUUUUCACCAACUGCUCUGUUCAGAUCAGUGCAGACUAAAUGAGGUCUUCUGUCGUGUUAUGAAGAAAAUGAAUGACUUUUUAUUAUUGUAAAUAUGCACAGCCCACAUGGUUACAAGAUAUCAGAGAUUCUUCUGAGCCAGCGCCAGAUAUGAUUCAGACCUUCAUGUCAACAAUUUUUUUGAAAUCGCAUAUACUGUAUAAUAUUGGAGUGAAAUAGGCUACCUUGCCCGCUUUUUCCUUGCCCGCUUUUUCCUUGCCCACUUUUUCCGGCUUUAAGGACAUUUUUUCUCCUAAAUGUUGUUUAUAUUCCGCCAACCUAAACAGCCAGAGCAGGAAAUCUGUUUUCAACAAUAUGUUUGGCUUCUAAAAAAAGCAAAAUGUUACAUGGGUUUUGACAGGAUAUUUACAAACCAUGUAUCUUCAACCUUGACUAAAAGCUUACUUGUAAUGGUGCUAUAUAUUGUGAUAGUACUUUUUCACUCCUUUUUACGAAUGAAAUAGCCAGGCAAGAUCUCUAUUGGCUAUUUCAGCAAAUACAAAAUACCAUAAUACCAAAUACAAAUUGAAGGUAUUUCAUCACGUUGAGGAAAAAUCAUCUUGUCACAAAGCAAGCUUGCUCAUGGAUUUUCAACAUUGCCUCAGAUGUUACAUGUUAAAGUUAGACCUACAACAUGACGGACGGUUUGAAAAGAUCUCUAAAGGUACACAAAUUCAUAUUGUCUCACGGUAUCUAUUGUGUCCAACCCUUACGAUUGAUUAGUGGGCAGUGUCGCUUCCAAAUGUGUUGCUCAUACACAGACACAAAUUAACACGUUUUUCAACAUACUAUUUCAAACUUGGUCACAAUAAAAAGGAAAAAAUAUCAAGCGGUCACAGCUAGACUAAAGACAUAAGCAGGUUUCAGUUACAAAGGCAGAGAACUGAAGCAUGCUGCUGGCAAUGAUCCACCUGUUUCCUGUUCCUUCACUUCUUUUUUUAUUUUUAUUUUUUUGUGUGUGCAAUGUAUACAUUCAGAAAAUAUGUAUCUGUUUACAAGCAGGUGCUUGACUUUGGUGUUACAUAAAAACAGCACAACAUAUUUAAAUUCAUCUUCGUCAAUUCACAAUUCUUACUUACUUUCAUUGUAGUUGUAAAUGUCUUGUUUGUUGUAUUAAUUACAUGGAAUAUCUGUGUCAUUGACGUGAAUUGUUUUGCAGCAAUCCAACCAUGAUAAUUGUAACCUUCUUAAUGAUUAUAAAGGAGUUUUGAAUAAACCUAUUUUCAACAAAUACA